AUGGCCACUUUUUUUCGAUCUCAAUAUAAAACAAUAGGCAGAUUUAUACAACUAUCAAAUCGAAAUUUAGAAUUAGGUAAUGUACAUUCACGAAAUGAUUAUCGAACAACAGAAGUUUCUUUCAUUAAAGAGAAAUUUUUUUUACAUAUUAUGGCUUUAGCUAAUAUUUUAAAUGAAAGAACAGCUCGAUAUUUUGAUUUAGUUAAUGAACCACAAACAUUAAAAGGAAUCGAUGGUAUUCCAAUAGCUGAUUCUGAAUAUAAAGAUUUUCCAGCAAAUGGAACAACUGUUCCAACUAAUUGGGAUGUUAGUUUUGGUGAUGUACUUAAUUGGUCUAAGGGACGUCCAACUGAAGCUUAUUUUGUUAUGGAAAAUCGAACAUUAUUAAAAAAUCCAGAUCGUACUGGAUCAGGUUAUUUAACUAUUCCAUUUAUCGUUACAAGAAAUACUCGAAAUGCGUUAAUGAAAUAUGAAUAUGUUAUACAAGGUAUUGGUAAAGAUUAUGUAUCAACAGUUGAAAUGCAUCCUGAUGAUAUAUUUAUUCAAAAAAAUUGGGGUUCAGUACCAGCUGAAAUGCAUUCACGCAGUGUCGAAUUUAUUUAUGAUCCACUUGAAGAAUUUCUCUAUGUGAAUAUUCCACAUACAUCAAAAUCAAAAGAAUUUAAAUUAGGUUCAACAACAAUGAAAGAUAUUGAAACAUGGUUUACUGGAGCAUUAGAAGAUCAAUCUUCUUUUCGAGUUAAAUAUAGUUUCACAGGUCCACAUUUUCAAAAAUAUCAUGAUGUAUAUCGAUUACAUACGGAAACAUUACCUUUACCAAAAACAUGGUCUGCUGUACCAGGUACAAUAGACAUAGGUCAUGAUCAUUCUCGUGGUGAAUGGACUUUUUAUGGUGAUCGAAAACAUUUGAAUGAUGCUAAGAAACAUGUACAAGAAUUUUAUAAAGAUCUUUCUAUUACUAUCGAAGAUGAACCACCACAUAAAGUAGUUUCAGUCGUAUAA